AUGGUCGCUUCCUCCAGAUCACAGGUGCGCAGAGAGCUUGGGAGACGUCUUGGGCUGCAUCUAAUCCGUUACCCAGAUUUUCAUCCAGAUCGCUUCUACGAGGUCUACUCUGCGACAUCAGAAGAAGCAGCAUGCCAUCGAGGUCAGGGACCCGCCGGCAUAUAUGGCGCAGAAACGAGCGAAUGCGACAGCCCGAUUUCGCUGAUCAACAAAACGAUGGAAUUUGUCGCAAAGGAGUUCAGAGACAACAUCGACUUCGUGAUAUGGACAGGAGACUCCGCCAGGCACGACAAUGAUGACGAGUUGCCGCGGACGGCUGAGCAGGUUCUCGGCUUGAAUAGAUUCAUGGUACAGAAGAUGGCAGAAACAUUUGGCAAGCACAACGGAGACGAGGAGGAUGAGGAUCCGAACCACGAUUAUGUUGUCCCGAUCGUGCCAAACUUGGGUAACAACGAUAUCUUGCCACACAACAUUUUGGAGAAGGGUCCAAAUCAGUGGACGAGAACCUAUGCAAAUGUCUGGAGACAAUUCAUUCCCGAGGUCCAAAGGCACUCCUUUGAGCAGGGAGGGUGGUUUUACGUCGAGGUUAUUCCCCGGAAGCUGGCGGUCUUUAGCUUGAAUACGUUGUACUUCUUUGGGAGCAAUGCUGCUGCAGACGGCUGUGCUUUGAAGAGCGAGCCAGGAUACCGACAGAUGGAGUGGCUUCGCAUCCAGCUUCAGUUCAUGCGCGACCGGGGAAUGAAGGCCAUGCUUAUUGGACAUGUGCCUCCGGUAAGACAGGAGGCGAAGACAUCCUGGGAUGAAACCUGUUGGCAGAAGUACACAUUAUGGCUGCGGCAGUACAGGGAUGUGAUCGUGAGUACUCAUUACGGACACUUCAAUUAUGAUCAUUUCAUGUUCCAGGACUUCAAGGAGAUCAAGCAAGACACCGAGGAAGGGCGAAUGCAUUACCUUCGCGCUUUGGGGCCGGAUGACGGCGACUUUUCUGCUCAGGCGAAGACCGACUACUUCAUCCAGCUGCGUGAUGAAUGGGCCGAGCUUCCCGAGCCACCAAAACCCGAGUCCAAGAGCUGGCUUGAUACUAUUUCCGGCAAAGGUAAACAAGACAAGGAAAAGUACAAGAAGAAGCAGAAGAAAUAUUUGAAGAAGAUGGGAGGAAAGUAUGCUGAGCGCUUUGCCGCAUCGUUCGUCAGCGCUAGCGUUGUGCCCAACUUGUUUCCGACUCUGCGCGUCUUUGAGUACAACACGACCGGACUGGAGAACACCGACCUAGAUGCGAUCGAUCUGCCGGCCCCAGCACCCUUUGACUAUGAUGUCGACGAUGUGAAGAUUCAGAAGAAGAAGAAAAAGAAGAAGAAUAAGUUCACAGUCCCGGAGGCGCCCUCGAAGUCAGCGCCACCCGGACCUGCCUACUCACCCCAGACCUUGUCCCUGUUGAAGUACACGCAAUAUUUCGCGAAUCUCACCUACAUCAACAACGACUUCACCAAGUCAUCCGUGAGCGAAAGUGAAGUCGACCCCGCCGGGUGGCAUGAAGGCAAGCACAAGGGCAAGAAGCCGCACGAAAAGGACCACGAACCAAAUCCCAAGAAGUUCAAGUAUGAAGUCCUUUACGACACCAAAGAAGAUCGGGUCUACCACCUUGAGGACCUGACGAUGCCAAGCCUGAUCGAUCUCGCCCGUAGAAUUGGCGAUUUUGUUUCCGAAGACUCAAACGACAGUGAGCAACUAGAAGUAGAAGACGAAGAAGAGAUAGAGGGUGGUGGCAAGCAUAAGAAGAAGAAAAAGAAACACAAGAAGCAUUCGAAGAAGUAUCGGAAGCGGAACGAGGCGUGGUAUACGUUUGUGAGGAGAGCUUUUGUGGAGACCUUGUCGUCAGAUGAGAUCGAUGAGGAAUUUGGGCAAUGAAUUGAGUGAUAUUCUGUUAGCGUUGCAUGUUGCAGCUGCUGUUGAUACCCCAGAAUAUGGCUUGUUAUUGGAAGAGUCGUUAUAUCUAUCUUGGGGGCCUCAAGACGCGUCCUCGGGUAGACCUAAUUGUGCUUGCUGCGGGAUCUGGUUCCGUCAUCAAGCUGCUGACCUUAUUAGGAGUGCUCGUUACCUCUAGGAUCCACUCGACAGAUCGCUGGUAAGUUAUGCGUUGUGCCUCAUUUUUCGGAGCUGUAGAGUUCUCCCCGCGCUGACUGACAAAGUUGGAAGGUUACGUAGUAGAGGCCUCGCUUACGUUAUUAUAUAUUGUCGGCUUCUUCCUCAUGUGAAGGCCAAGAGC